GCUCAGCCCUGCUUGUGAGAGCAGCAACCUGAGCAUCUCCCAGCAUCUCCAGCACUGAUUCCUGUGUGAUGGCUGGGGCAGAAGGGUUUAUCUGGAACUGGGGUGGGGGGAGGAGGUGUUUUCAUGUCCACAGAGGCUUCAGUGAGCUCUGAGCCCAGGGUGUUGUGGUUUGGCAGCACAGGGCUUUGGGCUGGAGCUGCUUCUGGUCUGCAGGGCACACACAGAAUGGAAAGCAGGUGAAUAUUCCUAAUGGAAACUGUCCUCUUUGGUGCGCAGGGGUUAAACUAAGAGAAUAUAAAGCAACCUCAGCCUGGAGUAAGAACACACAUGGUGAUUAACUGUUAAAGUAGUUAUCCUGCUUUAAAGCUGUAUCUUCCUGAACUCAUAACUUCUGUCUCUUUAAUUUGCUUUAAGUUCUCUGACUCCGGACCUGCACCUCCAGGCUCUGAAUCCCAAUGCACAGGAGGCUGCCAGGGAGCAGUUCUCAUUACUCAUAUCGUGAUGGACGCACUUGGAAUUUAGGUAAAGAUUUCCUUGCUUAAAGGGAGGGAGAAAUGUCCAGGAUAGAAGGGAAAAAGAGCCAGGGGUGUGUGUGCAAACAAACGAGAGCAGUCACAAUGAGGAGACAUUCCUCUAUCCUCAUUACAUCCACCUGACAGCACCUUUAAAGCCUCCUCUCACAGGUGGGAAAGACCCGGACAGAAAGAAGGGUUGUUAAUGUUUAGUGAGAGCUGCAGCUCCUGCUCUAUCAGCCCCUGAGCUCCGCGUUGGAUCCAUUGGGCCGAACCCGGAGCUCAGCUCAGCACAAAGCUCAGCUCAACGGUUCCGAGCCCCCCUCAGCCCCGCACCUGCCGCCCGGCUGCCAGCAACCUGUUGGGCGGGAGGAGGAGGAGAGAACGGCGGCGUGGGGCUCAGCUCGGCAGCUCGCUGACAAAGGCGGAGCAGCACAACACAACACAGCACAGCACAGAACAGCCCGGCCGCCCCCUCCUCCUCCUCCUUCUCCUCCUUCUCCUCCCCCCGCCGGCGGUAGCGGACCCGGCGGGCAGCGCGGGGCCGGGGCGCUCGCACAAGAUGGCGGUGGGGCGGCGGGAGAACGCGCUCCCCUCGUAAAUGAGGUGGAGGCGGCCCCAGCUCCCGGCGCCCGGCGGGGUUUACAUGGCGCUGGAGGAUCUGCUUUGUGUCUGCUUCGCCGUGCUGGCCGUGCAAGGGAAGUUGUUGGAAGGGGAUUCUGUGGAGCUGAGCUGUAGUGCUGGUCCUGCAAAGGUGAUAUUGGAGCCAAACCAAGUUGCGGUUUUGGAUUGUAACCUGGCCCCUGCUGAGCAGGUGAUCAAUAUCACAUGGAAGAAGAAUGGGUUUCCGCUAGUGGAGCAGGAACAUCUGCACGUGCUUCCAAAUGGAUCGCUUUUCAUCUCCUCACCGGCCGUGGCAAAGGACAGCAAAUACUCGGAGAGAGCUGAUGCUGAGGGUAAUUACUCCUGUGUGUCUCACAGCUCUCUAGGGGCUGUCACCAGUCAAACAGCUGCAGUCAGAUUUUCAACCUUGGCCCGCUUCUUCCAACAGCCGGAGUCACAGACAGUGGAAGAAAAUGGCAUGGCUCGGUUUGAGUGCCGGAUCGAUGGCUUGCCUUCCCCUGUCAUCACGUGGGAGAAGGAUCACGUGGCUGUUCCAGAAGAACCCAGGUUUAUAACUCUUCCAAAUGGUGUCCUCCAGAUUGUUGACGUGCAGGAGAGUGAUGCUGGGGUGUACCAAUGUGUGGCCAGCAAUGCUGCUCGGAAGCGCUACAGCAACACUGCAGUUCUUAGUGUCCUGAAAGGUUCCCAGCCAGCAGGAGGAGAUGUCACCAUCAUUGCUGCUCCGGAGAACACCACGGUGGUGGCAGGGGAGAGUGUGGUGAUGGAGUGUAUGGCAGCUGCUGAUCCCACCCCGUUUGUCUCCUGGAUACGGCAGGACGGAAAGCCUGUUUCUACAGAUGUGAUUGUGCUGGGUCGGACAAACCUCCUCAUUCCUUCCAGCCAGCCCCAUCACUCUGGAGUCUACGUUUGCCGUGCUAACAAACCCCAGACCAGGCAGUUUGUUACAGCCGCAGCUGAGCUCCGGGUUCUGGCUACGCCCAGCAUCUCCCAGGCUCCUGAAACCAUUUCGCGCACCCGAGCUAGCACGGCUCGAUUCGUCUGCAAGGCAGAGGGUGAGCCAGCCCCCACCAUUCACUGGCUGAAGAACGGUGAGCCCAUCCUCUCCAAUGGACGGGUGAAGGUGCAGAGCAGCGGCAGCUUGGUGAUCAAUCAGAUCGGGCUGGAGGAUGCUGGCUACUACCAGUGCGUGGCUGAGAACAGCCUGGGCAUGGCGUGCGCCACUGCCAAGCUCUCCGUGAUUGUGCGGGAGGGUUUGCCCAGCGCUCCCAAGAAGGUCUCAGCUGUGUCCCUCUCCAGCACCACAGUCUUAGUGUCCUGGGAGCGGCCAGAAUACAACAGCGAGCAGAUCAUUGGCUUCUCGUUACAUUACCAGAGAGCUGUGGGAACAGAUAACGUGGAGUACCAGUUUGCUGUCAAUAAUGAUACCACUGAGCUGCAAGUCAAGGACCUGGAACCCAACACCAACUAUGUCUUCUAUGUGGUCGCAUAUUCCCAGCUUGGAGCCAGCCGGACAUCCUCUUCCAUAAUAGUUCAGACCUUGGAGGACGUUCCUAGUGCUGCUCCUCAGCUGUCCCUGUCAAGCAUGACUCCUGGUGACAUCCGUGUGACGUGGUUGCCUCUUCCUCCGGAGCUGAGUAACGGCAAGAUAACCAAGUACAAGAUUGACUACUGCACUAUCAAGGAAGCAGAUCAGGUUAACUCCAUUGAAGUGGGUGGAAAUGAGACGCAGAUCACUCUGUACUCGCUGCAUCCCAACAAAGUGUACAAAGUUCGCAUUGCAGCCAGCACCAGUGUGGGCUAUGGGGCCCCGUCUGAGUGGACCCAGCAUCGGACUCCUGACAGGGACAACCAGACACAUGUUCCAUUUGCACCAACAGAAUUAAAAGUCCGAGCGAAGAUGGAGUCUCUCCUAAUUACAUGGCAACCCCCAGCCAACCAUGCCCAGAUAUCAGGCUACAAACUCUACUACCGGGAGGUGGGCCAGGAGGAGUCCAGUGAUGAAAGCCCUCUGGAUGGUGCUGAAGAUGAAAGCUGGGACGUAGGACCCAUAAAGCUGAAGAAGAAAGUGAAGCAGUAUGAACUGACUCGACUAGCUCCUGGGAGGCUCUAUGAGGUGAAGCUGGUGGCGUUCAAUAAGCAUGAAGAUGGUUAUGCAGCAGUUUGGAAGGGCAAAACAGAAAAGGCUCCUGCAACAGCAGUAGAUCCCCCUGUGCAGAAGGGUCCUCCACUGCCCCCAGUCCAAGUCUAUGCGGAGUCCAACAGCUCGACUUCUAUAUGGCUCAGAUGGAAGAAACCUGACUUCACCACAGUCAAGAUUGUCAACUACACUGUGCGCUUCAGCCCUUGGGGCCUGAAAAACGCCUCUCUUGUUACGUACUACACAAGCUCGGAUGAAGACAUUCUCAUUAGUGGGUUGAAGCCCUACACCAGAUACGAGUUUGCUGUGCAGUCCAAUGGUGUUGGUAUCGACGGGCCCUUUGGCAGCGUGGUGGAGCGAUUCACCCUUCCUGACCGUCCCUCAACUCCUCCAUCUGACCUGCGGCUGCACCCCCUCAACCCCUACGCAGUCCAGGUGCACUGGUGUCCCCCUGCUGAGCCCAAUGGCAUCAUUGUGGAGUACCUCAUCCUGUACAAUGCCAACAACACGCAGCCUGAUGACAUGUGGACCUUGCUGACACGAGAAGGAAAUAUCUUCAGCACGGAGGUGCAUGGCCUGGAAAGUGAUACAAGAUACUUCUUCAAGAUGGGAGCAAAGACGGUCGUGGGAUCUGGUCCCUACUCAAACGUGAAGGAUGUGCACACCCUCCGGGAGAAGCUCUCUGAUGUUCUGGAUAUCCACUCUGUCACGGGAAUCAUUGUGGGAGUCUGCCUGGGGCUGCUCUGCAUACUCUUCUGCAUGUGUGCCAGCUUCCGCAACAGCAAGCAGAGGGAGGCUCUGCCAGGCCUGGAUUCCCAAGCAACUGGCAACCACACUUACUACCACCGGGGCAGACAAGGGGUGGCAGCUCCCUGUGCCACUUCAGACACACAUGAGCUAGAGUCCCUCAUGUCCCCACUGCCAGAGGAUGCACCUGUACCUCUAGGAGACAUCACAGAACUGACAGAAGUGCACAGCCUCAUCCACACAAGUCUCCCUGAAGACAUUGUCCAUGGGAAGCGGAAGUCUUCAUGGAAUAAAUCAGCCAACCAGCCCUGGACAAACAGCAUAGCCAGAUAUGGGGACAGUAUCACAAAAGAGCCUCUCCCUGCUGUGAACGGAUCAGUGAAGCUCCCUUCGAGUGCAGGACAGAAGCUUUUGUUACAGGCUCUGGUUUAUGACGCUGUGAUGAAUGAAGCAAAGAAAAGUCACCCACCAGCCAGCAUCCACCAAGUGGAAGCAGAGGUCAUCGUUCAUUCUGAUUUUUCAGCCUCUGACAGAGACUAUGACUCCCAGCUUCACACCCUGGAUGGUCAAGAGACAGAAACCAAGGAACAGGAGCCUGAAGAGUUUUCCUCUGGUGACCUGGCUCUCCCCAGCUCUCCCAGCACCCAGCAGGACACUUGCCAAGUGUUGAUGGACCGCUCGGGCAAUGCGGAGGUUCAGACCCAGGACGAGCUGUUGUCUGCCACCAGGGAGACUAACAGAACAGAGGCCGUUUGCAUCCCUGGGCUCACCAAUGGCUUCCACAGGAAUGGGGAAAGUCUGGAUUCAGUGGAGAGUGGAGAUUCAGACUCCAUCCCGGAAGGCAGGGGGGAUGUGCAGCCAGUCAAGUGCCAGGCACUGUCUGUGGCCCCAGAGGAGGCUCCCCUGUAUAGUAACUCUGGUUUAACCAGUUCAUCCUCAGCAUCUGAGAACACAGCAUGUGUCCACAAUCAUUGAAGAGUAAACUAAUCUGGUUUUGAUCAUGGGAGAGCUAGAAGCACCACUAAGGGCCUGUUCCUUUGAGGUACUGUGUGCCUGCAGUUCACUGGAUCGAGCUGAGGAGGUGCAGCAUCUCACCAGAACAGGAUUAGGACCUGUCAGCUGUACAUAUCGCCUUCAAGAAAUCAGUAGGUAGACCGAUAAGGGCCCAUCUUUCCGCUGAAGCUAAUGAGUAACCUGACGUUCACGGGAGCAGAGCUGACCUGUCUGCCAAAGACUGACAUGAAACCACAGCUAGAGCAGAGCCUUCUGCAUUGGGCUGGUGCUGUCACCUCACUGUAGGCCCCUACACGACUGGCAAGAGGCUGGGUGUGCUGAGCCAGCUUGUCUGCUGGUCCACAGAGGGACUCGGGCACUACCCGCUGCCUUGUGGUGUUGGGAUGGACUUUGUCAGAGUCCCACAAUGGGGUGGAACCAACACAACAAACAGAGCUUUAACCACCAGCCUUUUCUGCCCUCCCGUGGUUAAAAGGAUUAUAAGGCUCUCUUUGUACGCUGCCACAGUAACCAUUGCUAGCAGGCUGAUGUAGUGGCCUUUUAUUACACACUCUACGAGUGCCUCUAACAACUUGUAUUGUAUUGAACCUUCUUUGGUGUCUGGGUCAUUUCACCAACCUGGGCUUUGUUUGAUGAAGGUUCUUGUACCUAAUAUUUUAGGUACACAUCUGUCCCUUUAAUGUACGACAUGUAUUUUUAUUUCCUCGGAGCAUCUUUAUAUUAUUUAAUUUGAUGAAGUGGAGUAGCGUGUGGUAUAGAGUAGCAUUUUUACUACUUCUCUCUUUCCUUUGUUUUUUUUCCUCCCUAACAACACAACUACCUCAUGUCUGUUGGAGAAAAAAAAAAAAAAGCAGUAGAUCUACUCUUUUGUUAUAGUCCAUGAUAGGUUUUAACUUAUUCUUAUACUGCCUUUUUCUAAAGAAUACGUUUGCACUGGCUGUUGGCUAUUUUUGUUAAUAGUGCCGCAGAGCUGACGUCUGUUUCGCUUUGUUCCUAAGUAUUGCUCCCAAAGCUGGAGAGGGUUGUGUUUCUUUGUAGGACCGCGUUGACCAGGAGCUGGCCAAAGGAAGCUGCUUCAGCUGGCAGGAUGCUGAUCCAUUUUGCUUUAAGAAAUUAAUGAUAGCAAAGAGGGGGAAAAAGAACCAACAGUUACAAAAUGAGCUUGUGACCUUGGGGGCAUCUUUUGUGUUCAAAUGGAGACCACUCAGAUGUUCAAGUUCCAGAGAGCAGCUCUCAGCCUCCUGUAAGCAGAGGCCCUGCUGAAGGAUCUGGACCAACAGGAGAUAAUCUCUCAUCUCUUCUGAGAACCCUCUCAGUGUGUCCUGCCACUGAGCUGAGCUGGACCAACCUUUUUCCUUGCAAUACACUGUCAGACAGUCAAACUGCUGUUCAGGAACCUCUGGCCUCCAUGCACACUGUUGGGAAGCUGUUGUUGAAGCUUCCACCUUUUCUCAUCCUACAGUUUCUCCCUGCAUCACGCAUCCUGUUCUGGUACAUAUCUGUACUUGUUGCAGUUGGCUCAGCUGCUCCAGUUGGUGUUUAGUAUCUCGAGGAGUCUCAGAAAUGCUGUUUUGGGCUCUGAAGCACCAUGGCUGAAAAGCAGAGAUGGGAAAUCAGUGCUAGGCAGGAGUUAGUGCAUGAAGCUAGAAAGCUAUGAUAACUGGGCAGGGGAAGUGCAUAAUUAACCUCCAAGAACUCACUGCCACAAGACUUUGAAACUAACAACUUAGUAGGGUUACCCAUAAGGCGGUGAAGUGUUAUUGCAGGCAAUAAGGGUAAUUCACAGUUAUAUGGGAGCGGAUGCAAUUGCAGGAGUGUAAACCCUCCAGCUGGGGACUAUCAGGCACCAGCUGUGGAGGAGGGUGGGGGCAGAUUUCUGUAGCUGGACCUGAGCUGGUAGGUCAUUUCAUGGAGGAGUCCUUGCCCUGGGCAAGCCGCACUGCUAACUUUGGUGUGCAAAAGUGGAUGAAGCCCAUGCACACUCUGAGAGCAGACUGCUCUCCUUAAACACCACAGAACACUUUGCCUCCUCACAUUGAGGCUUCUGAAUCACGAAGCUGGCAGUGUUGGAUGCUCAGGUGCUGUGCACCUGGAUUGCAGGCCUGAAGCAGCAACCUCAGCUGCAGAAAUCAGAGCGGGUCCCUCAGAAACAAGAGAUCGGUGCUGAUUGGCAGCAGCAAAGCUGAUCUCUGCCCUCGUUUGGUACAGCUGUACCCCAGACCCCACCGAUCCUGGUUAGGCACAUGUGGGACUGGAUUAGAAGUGAAAGGAAGAAGGCAGAUCCUACACGUUUUGUGUAAAGCUUGAAACAACCAGUGCAUAUAUUUUUUUAUCAUGAAGUAAGUAGCUUUCUUGUGAAUUUCUCACAGACACUCAAACUGUUGAUACCUUUAGCUACCCAUCAUACUUAAUACGUGUUCCUAAUCAUCAGGCUCCCUUCCCCUUUUUCUUCCUAUCAGUAACUCUAAGGAUUGUUGCUAUUCUCCUUUUUGCCAGUGUGUGUUGUUUUACUUCGUUACAAUGUCAGCUGGCAUAACUUUGUAGUGUUAAUGUUGGGCUACACAACUGUAUAUUCCCCAUGCUGCUGUGAGAGUCACAACUCUUACUCCUGUUCUUCUUUUAGAUCCUCAUUAGAUUAAAUACACGACCAAGCUGAAUAUCUCGACUUUUUGGUUUGAUUUCUGACUUAACAGACAGUAAGUUCUGGUUUAAGUGGUUCAAACGAGCUCACUUAUAACCCAGGCUCUGAGACUUUGUUAUGGUAGUAGCUAAGAACCCAGAGAUCAGCCAUAUAAGCAAACACCCAUUGUAGUGGAUCGCUGUGUAUGUCUUUGAUCUCAUUAGAAAUAGACCUUUUGAAGGGAUCUCUGUGUCUUUCCUGAUCGAUGCCCUUGUUAGAAAAGAGGCGUUUAGUCCAGCAGAAAUCUACCACCGAGUUCUGUUCUCAUGUUCCCAUGCUAAUAUUUUAGAUCUGAAUUCUGUUUAACUUUCUACGCAGUGCAUAAUGAUGUGUAACCAGAACUUGAUCUUGUUUGAAGAUUGUGUCUGUAUUUGGUUCCACGCUGUACUUAAUGAUAACUUUCUUUCUUCAGAGACUGUUCUUACUCCACAAAUACUCUUUAGUGCUAAAGUGUAAGAAAACAUUGUCCUUAUAUUCCUUAACUAAUGGAUUAUUAAUAAAAUCUUAAAAAAAACCUACUCACAAAAACACA